CUCCCCUAGGGACUGCCUUCUCAGAGAGUCCCGCAGCAGGGCCCAGCAUCACUUUCAGGCUCUUGAAGCACCAUCUUCCUCCUGUCUGCUCCCCUAAUCAGAUUUCUGUUCCUUUUCCGGGGCUGUUGUGAGUCUGGUGAGGGGGAGUCUGUGCCCUGUGAGCCUCACAGACAUGUUCAAUGCUUGGGAUUGCCGGGAGCGGCCCCCAGAGGAAGGAGCAGCUUCAGGGCUCCAGGGCUUCGGUGUGGACAAGAACUUCCUGUCUUCCCUCAAAGGCAUCCUGCUGGAAACUGAGCUGGCCCUGACCUUCGUCAUCUUCAUUUGCUUCACGGCCUCCAUCUCUGCCUACAUGGCAGCAGCGCUGCUAGAGUUCUUCAUCACGCUCGCCUUCCUCUUCCUCUACGCCACCCAGUACUACCAGCGCUUCGAUAGACUUAACUGGCCUUGUCUGGACUUCCUCCGCUGCGUCAGCGCCAUCAUCAUCUUCCUGGUGGUCUCCUUUGCUGCUGUGACCUCGAGGGAGGGGGCUGCCAUUGCUGCUUUUGUUUUUGGCAUAAUCUUGGUUUCUGUCUUUGCCUAUGAUGCAUUCAAGAUCUACCGAACUGAGCUGAUGCCUAGGACAACCGAGGGCUGUGGCCUCAAGUCCUGCUGUGCCCUUAAUCCUGAGCCUGGGGCAGUGUGGUGCCAUGCUUUCCUCUGGUGA